AUACAUAUAUAUAUAUAUAUGUAUAAUUGUUCCCCCACUUUCCCAAACUCCAAAUUCCUACCGCUCACCAAUCACUAUAAUAUCUCCUCACUGAUUCUCGUCUCCAUUUUUCAAUAGCAAAAAAAUUAAAAAUAAAAACAAUAUAAUAGCGAAAAUGCCGGAGCACAGCCCGGAGGAGCACCGCCGAUUGCUCGAUUCGCGCGAUGACGACGAAGAACAGGAGGAGCGGGCCUACGAUUCCACCGAGAAAGUCCAGAUCAUCGGGGUCGACGAGGGCGCCGACGACUACUCCACCAAGCCGCCGCCGUUCUCCUGGAGGAAGCUGUGGCUGUUCACCGGGCCGGGCUUCCUGAUGAGCAUCGCCUUCCUGGAUCCGGGGAACCUCGAGGGGGAUCUCCAGUCGGGGGCCAUCGCCGGCUACUCCCUACUCUGGCUGCUCCUGUGGGCCACCGUCAUGGGCCUCCUGGUCCAGCUGCUCUCGGCCCGGCUCGGCGUUGCGACGGGCCGGCACCUGGCGGAGCUGUGCCGGGAGGAGUAUCCUAAUUGGGCCAGGCUACUGCUCUGGGUCAUGGCUGAGCUGGCGCUGAUUGGGUCCGAUAUUCAGGAGGUGAUUGGGAGUGCUAUUGCUAUCAAGAUAUUAAGUCAUGGGGUUUUGCCUCUGUGGGCUGGGGUUAUUAUCACGGCUCUUGACUGCUUCAUCUUUCUGUUUCUGGAAAAUUACGGCGUGAGGAAAUUAGAAGCACUUUUCGCAGUCCUCAUAGCAACCAUGGCCAUCUCCUUUGCGUGGAUGUUCGGUGAAACUAAGCCCAGCGGUGGUGAACUUUUAAUUGGUGUUUUGGUUCCAAAGCUCAGCUCAAACACAAUACAACAAGCAGUCGGGGUCGUGGGCUGCAUCAUAAUGCCCCACAACGUGUUCCUCCACUCAGCCCUCGUCCAAUCCCGAGACAUUGACAAUCGAAAGAUCGGGCGUGUUCGGGAAGCCCUCACUUACUACUCGAUUGAAUCAGGCUUUGCACUCGCCAUCUCCUUCAUGAUCAACUUAUUUGUCACGACAGUUUUUGCAAAGGCAUUUUAUGGCACAGAGCAGGCGAACAGCAUAGGCCUAGUGAAUGCGGGCCAGUACCUUCAGGAUAAGUUUGGUGGUGGGCUUUUCCCGAUUUUGUAUAUAUGGGCCAUAGGUCUGUUGGCUGCUGGGCAGAGCAGCACCAUAACGGGCACAUACGCUGGCCAGUUCAUUAUGGGCGGGUUCUUGAACCUGCGGCUUAAGAAGUGGCUGAGGGCAUUGAUAACUAGGACCUUUGCUAUUGUGCCAACUUUGGUUGUGGCGCUCGUUUUCGACACAUCUGAGGACUCGUUGGAUGUGCUGAACGAGUGGCUGAACGUGCUGCAGUCGAUUCAGAUCCCGUUUGCUCUCAUUCCUCUGCUUUGUUUGGUUUCCAAGGAGGAGAUCAUGGGCUAUUUCAAGAUUGGCACUGUUCUUCAGGUUAUAUCAUGGCUUGUAGCGGCUCUGGUGAUAAUGAUCAACGGAUAUCUGAUGGUUGAUUUCUUCUCAUCCGAAGGGAGUGGUGCACUGUUUACCUCAGCAGUUUCUGUUUUUGCAGCUGCAUAUGUUAGCUUCAUCGUUUAUCUUGUUGCGAGAGGCAUUGACUUUUCCAGCUUGCGUGGAAAAUCCAAAACAAAUGUGGUCAUUUGCUAAAGUCUUAUGGAUGUGAUAAAUAACAUGCGCACAAAAAAGGUUAGUUUUCCGAACGAUUACACAGGACAGGUGGCAGAGGAGUCUCUUGAUCCUGUGCUUCUGUGCUGUAUGUUAAAGGCUGAUGACAUUUAAUACGAAAAAAAAAAAAAAGGAGCUGUUGUAUUUGCUCCACAGUAAUUCUGGUAUCUGUAUUUGAGGUCUGAAUCCAUAUGUAUGUAUCCAUCAUUAGGUUGUUUGAUGCUAAGGAUCUAUUAUUAUUUAGCCAACAAACGGUCCUGAUUAGCAGUCUGCAGGAAUUAUGUACUAAUGACAUCCUAAAUUUGUUCAGAGGCUUUUUUUGCCAUUGUACUGUCAAUUGUUUGAGAAUUUGUGCUUUGACACCAUCUGUUAUCCAUGAUGAUAGCUUACAAUCGUCAAGCUUCAGUUUUGCUCCAUUCAACAAGUCUUGGCACAUUUCAAGAAAAUCAAAGAAACUGUAAUCAAUUGAAUAGUAACAUGAAAGUCAAGUGGUACAUUUAUAGCGACCCAUGCUGUAGGAUUACGGAUAUUGAAGGACCAUGCUACAAUGAUAUGUUUACGGAUAUUGAAGGACCAGUUACAUA